AUGGUCGCUCGCUGGGACGACACCCAGACCUACGCUGAUCUCGUUAUGAUCUACUUCACCAUGAAGCCCCUCAACAAAGAUGAGCAGGUCGAGGUUGAGGAGCUCAUGAAGGCCAAAGGCCACGAAACCACCUGGGAUGCGAUUCGGUACGCUCUGCGCGUCAUUCUGCGAGCCAUCCUUCUCCCCUUGGUGUUGCGAGUGCAAGACGGUCUAGUUUUUCGUCUGGGAAUUUUCCCUCUUCAUUAA